UCGCCUUCUCUACAGACCGUCUUCAGCCCAGGGCGGGGCUGAUUCUCUACCAAACUGAAUUGCUACAACCGCCAGGAGGAAACUUACCCCGGGUCGCUCCAUGGAGCAGUGUGGGAAUGCUCUGUCUGUAGGUGGGGAGCAGAGAACCGGACGGCAGCCUCAUUUCGACUUAAUCAUCCUGGACUGCAUCAGCUGCUCUUGGAAUCGAGAGUGACCGGAUUGAAUACUACAGCACCGGGAUUGGCUUAAAAAAAACAAAACAAAACAAAAAAACAGAAAGAAAAAACAGAAAAACCAUCUGCGGGGUGGGAAAAUAAGCGCGUUAAUCGCCGCACCGCUGUCAGGAUGAUGUGACAAAUCAUUUAUCUGCUGCCCGUGGAAAAAUCAGUGGAAUCGGAUUUUUUUUCUUCUUCUUCUUCCACUGCUGGAAAUCAACUGAGCCGGUUGUUAUAAGGCUGGCAGGCCUGGGGUGGGACAGAGAACAUGGCUGAACCACAGCGGGAAAGCACCAGCAGCCUGCAGAGGAAGAAGCCUCCCUGGCUCAGGCUGGACAUUCCCACGACUCAGAUGUCACUAGACGAGCCUCCCACAUUUGUUCAGCCGGUGAAGAGACAGGGUUUUCUGCGCAGUAUCAGCAUGCCAGUCGAGCCCUCUCACCUCCAGUCCCCACCCCGCGAUGUCUUUGACACCCGGCGGCCUGUCUUGCAACGCCAGUCGUCCAUCACUCAGACCAUUAAGAGCAGCAGGAGGGUUCACUUUGAGCGGAUUAACACAGUGCCCGUUAAGGGGCAGCGGGCUGCACGGCGCAGCACCAGGAAACACCACUCUCUCUCCAGAACUCUGCUCAGGGGAACGGCGGACUGGUUUGGAGUCAGCAAGGAUGGAGAUGCCACUCAGAGAUGGCAGAGGAAGAGUUUGCGCCACUGCAGCCUGCGCUAUGGAAAGCUGAAACCACAGGUGAUCCGAGAGAUGGACCUGCCCAGCCAGGACAACAUCUCCUUGACCAGCACGGAGACUCCACCUCCUCUCUAUGUCCCCUCCUCACAACAUGGCAUGCAAAAGAUUGUGGACCCACUGGCGCGAGGAAGAGCAUUCCGCAUGGUGGAGGAGGUGGAUGGUUACAGCGUGCCCCAGACCCCCAUCACCCCUGGAGCUGCUUCGAUUUGCUCCUUCACCAGCUCCCGCUCAGGUCUUAAUCGGCUGCCUCGCCGACGUAAGAGGGAGUCUGUGGCAAAGAUGAGUUUCAGGGCUGCAGCAGCGCUGGUCAAGGGGCGCUCAUUACGGGAGAGCACUCUAAGACGAGCUCAAAGACGAAGCUUCACCCCCGCAAGCUUCAUGGAGGAAGAUGUGGUUGACUUUCCUGAUGAAUUGGACACAUCCUUCUUUGCUAGAGAUAUUUUGAUGCACGAGGAGUUGUCCACAUACGCAGACGAAGUCUUUGAGUCACCGUCUGAGGCAGCCGUGAAGGAGGCCGAGCCCAGCAGCAAGAAGGAUGAGACGGAGCUGACAGGCAGCGCCCUAGAUAAGACGGAGCUGGAAAGAAGUCAUCUCAUGCUACCUCUGGAGCGAGGGUGGCGUAAAGCCAAAGAAGGAACUCCUGGACCACCAAAGGUGCCCUUGCGGCAGGAGGUCGUGAGUGUUCACGGACAGCGGCGUGGGCAGCGUAUUGUUGUUCCUGUCAAGAAGCUUUUUGCCCGAGAGAAACGGCCUUAUGGCUUGGGCAUGGUGGGGAAGCUCACAAACCGCACCUACCGCAAGCGCAUUGACAGCUACGUCAAGAGACAAAUAGAGGAUAUGGAUGACCACAGGCCUUUUUUUACAUACUGGAUCACCUUUGUCCAUUUGCUCAUCACUAUCUUGGCUGUGUCCAUCUAUGGUUUUGCACCUCCAGGCUUCUCCCAGCAUGAGACGGUUGAUUCUGUUUUAAGAAACAAAGGUGUGUAUGAAAAUGUCAAGUUUGUACAGCAGGAGAACUUUUGGAUUGGGCCCAGUUCGGAAGCCCUGAUCCACUUGGGGGCCAAAUACUCUCCAUGCAUGCGUCAAGACCAGCAAGUGCAUGAUCUCAUCAGGGAAAAGAGGAACAUCGAAAAAAACUCUGCCUGCUGUGUGCGCAACGAUCGCUCAGGCUGCGUCCAAACCACAGAGGAGGAAUGCUCGAGUACUCUGGCUGUGUGGGUGAAAUGGCCAGGGCAUCCCAGCACUCCCAAGUUAAAUGGUAAAGACAGACGGUACGGUUCAGUGUGCCAUCAGGAUCCCAGGAUAUGUCUAGAGCCAGCCUCAGUGUCGCCUCAUGAAUGGCCUGAUGACAUCACCAAGUGGCCAGUUUGUACCAGGUACAACACAGGGAACCAUACCAACCUGCCUCAUAUAGACUGUACCAUCACAGGCCGACCCUGCUGCAUUGGAACCAAAGGGAGGUGUGAAAUUACAUCCCGGGAAUAUUGUGACUUCAUGAAGGGCUACUUUCAUGAGGAGGCUACUCUUUGCUCUCAAGUACACUGCAUGGACGAUGUGUGUGGACUGUUGCCUUUCCUCAACCCUGAGGUCCCAGAUCAGUUUUACAGGCUCUGGCUCUCACUCUUCCUGCAUGCUGGAAUCCUUCACUGCCUGGUGUCGGUGGCUUUCCAGAUGACCAUCCUGAGGGAUCUGGAGAAGCUGGCAGGCUGGUUGCGCAUCUCAAUCAUUUACAUACUCAGUGGCAUCACUGGCAACUUAGCUUCAGCCAUUUUCCUGCCCUACAGAGCAGAGGUGGGUCCAGCUGGCUCGCAGUUUGGGAUUCUGGCCUGCCUGUUUGUGGAGCUGUUUCAGUGCUGGCAGAUCCUGGCCCAGCCCUGGAGGGCCUUCACCAAGCUGCUGUGUGUGGUGCUCUUCCUCUUUGCCUUUGGGUUGCUGCCCUGGAUCGACAAUUUUGCCCACAUUUCUGGCUUCAUCUCUGGCUUCUUCCUGUCCUUCGCCUUCCUACCCUAUGUCAGCUUUGGCCGCAUGGACAUGUACCGCAAACGAUGCCAGAUUAUCAUCUUCCUGCUGGUGUUUGUUGGACUCUUUUCAGGCCUCGUGGUGCUCUUCUACGUCUACCCAAUCAAGUGUGAAUGGUGCGAGUUGCUCACCUGCAUACCCUUUACAGACAAGUUCUGUGAGAAGUAUGACCUCAAUGCUCACCUCCACUGAAGUGUGAGCACUGCAGGAAUCAUCAGGUCAAAAGACACGGACUGGCUGGGGGAUUUCCUCCCUCUUCUAUGUGGACUAUGAUAAUAUGCUUGUGUUAUUUUACUCAAUAUGAAUACCCAUACCACUCAUCAUAAGGACUUAUUUUCAUCAUCACUCCUUCACUGUCCAGUGAAACAAAGCUAAGGCACUUGUGAACCUCAUCAAAACACCUAGCUGUCCUUCUGCAGAAAUGAGAAAAGCCAGCGCUGGAACAAUGAAGAUUUUUUUUCCCUUUUUUUUGUACAUUCACCCUCCAGGCAAAAGAUUUAUUAAUA